AAUAAGUAAUAAAAUGUUAAUUCAAUAACAAAAAAUAAUAGUGAUGCACCUAGUGGAUGCCUUGGGGAUAGACAAUGUAUUCAUGUACUGCUCCUCAUUUUUUUAAAAUGUUUGAGAAACAUUUUAAAAAACUGAGGAGAAGUACAUGACUCCUGACUAUCUCCAAGGGAUCCACUAGGUCGGAAUAGGCUAGGUUUGGAAAUACCAUAAUGAAUAAAUGUUAAUUUUAUAACAAAAAACAACAGACAUACAUAAUUUGAAUUAGUUAAUUAAUGAAUAUUUUAAUGUAGAAUGGCCGAAACAAGUAAUGACACAGGUGGUGGCUCCAAGAGAGGCAGGGGAGCUUAUUACGGUGCCAAUAUCGAGAAGGAGCUGGCCAUCAAAAAAGUUACUCAUUUGAAAGUAGAGUUUGAUAAAGAAACUGGAAAAGCUAUUCAAAAGUACGGCAAGUGGUUCAACAAUUCCAUGGCUCGUUAUUUGCGUAGCACCGUACCCCCAACUACACUAGCUUGGGAACAAGUAAAACCAGCUGAUAUCGAAGUUAUUCGAAAGAGACUAUCUGAAAAAUUCAUUUAUCCAGAAGACAAUCCAGUAAUCAACGAUGCCAUGGUAAGACAAAUGCAAAAACAUCUGACUGAUUGGUGCCACACUAUGAAGAAACACUGGGUAGAUGUUGGAGGAGAGGUGGACAAUGAGAGAGCGAAGUCAAAACCUUUUGUGUCGAUCACUUCUUCUGAUUGGGCAGUUCUGUGUGAUUUUUGGGCUUCUGAUUCUCACCAGCGUAUAUCGAAGAAAAAUAAAGAAGCUCGAGCUAAAAUGACCAUACCAGGAGGACACGGUUCCAAAUCCAUCGUUGCCCAUGUUUAUGAUCACAUGGACCCAUCUACUGGCCAGCUCCGGAGCAUGAUUGACACAUUCGAGCACCUGCACAAGAAGAAGGAUAAGUGGAUUAGUGAUGCAGCGGCGACAAAACAUAAUGAGAUGACCGAACGUCGAGCAUCGCAGAGUACGGCCCCUGCAUCAUCUGCUGCUUCUUGUGUCGGCGAUAAUGUCGACGGUCAUUUCCCGCCUGAUAUGGAUAUUGUCACGGAUGUCCUUGGACCCCGCUCGCGUUAUAAGAAAGGGUUUGGGGGGUUGCCUAGGUUGAAGGCAAUUGGCGCAAAGAGGGCAGCAUCUUCGUCAACUUCUCAAAUGUCCGGGCAAUUGCCACCUGAAGUGGACACCAUUUUGCAGCAAAAUCAGGACAUUAUGCUAGAAAAUCAGAACCUAAAGAAGCAUGCGACUAAACUUGAGAGUCGUCAACGGCGUCAAGAUCUCCUGCUCAGUGCUUUGUUGAAGCAGGUUGGUCAAUUGGCUCCUGGUUUUACUGUUGACUUACCAGACCAGGAUUCGGACGAGGACGAUGAUGCUGACGGGGGCGGGAAUGAUGAGGCGGCCAGUACUCAUUUGUAGAACUUUUUUUCAAUUUA